AGAGAGCAGUGGAGAAAGGUCAACGAGAAAGCUUCCUCAGUGACUGUCACCCUUUACUCUGAAGUCAGGAUCUUGAAAACUCUGCAUGAUGAGUCACACAGAAGGUGAAGCUCUUGACUCCCAACAACAUGCAGUGUCAAAAGGAGGGUCAAAGGUCACAUCAGAGAGAGUGGCCCUGCUGGUUCUCAGCGCUCUUUUGGUUGCCGCUCUCAUUGUUAUUUAUCGUGUCUCUAUGGACAUGCAAACCAAGGAAAGUCUCCAAAUGCUGAAAACCAAGUACGAAGAUGUACAAAGACAUCUCAAUGAGACACUCUCUAGAAAGAUGGUGCCACCUUCCUGUCCACAACCUCCUGAAAUAAUACCAAAUGAUUCAUGCCUGAAAUGUGACAAAGGCUGGCUGCAACGUGGAGGGAAGUGCUAUUAUUUCUCCAUCACAACUUCAUCCUGGGAAGAGAGCAGACGUUACUGCCGAAGUCACGGAGGAGACCUGGUGAAGAUAGACAGCUGGGAUGAGCAGAUAUUCUUGACAAAGGAACUGAGUGACAAAAUGAACUAUCAUGAGGACAAGUUCUGGAUCGGACUGACAGACUCAAAGGAAGAGGGCAAAUGGUUUUGGGUGGACGACUCACCACUGAACACAAGUUUGUCUUUCUGGCGAAAACGUGAGCCGGACAAUUGGGACAGGGAAAAUCCUAAAGGAGAGGACUGUGUGAGGAUGGGAAAGAAAGGAAGACCUGCAGAGCUGAACUGUUGGUCUGAUAAAUCCUGUGACGAGCCUCAAAGAAUUAUUUGUGGGAAACAAGCAGAAAAAGGAUUUAGUAGGGUUAUGUGUUUCUGAAAUCCAGUUGAGCUCAGACUUCUCAGUCUAUUUACAGUUUUUAUCAGUUGCUUUGGCACAAUUAUCAAAUAAAAAUCAUGAUUCUUACAACACAGUGUGCUAUUCUCAAACCUGCAGUUCAUUUUCUCACAACUGUAUUCACAUUUCUUGUUUGUCAUUUCAAAUAUAUGAGUCCAAAUAUGUUCAGAUGAUCCAGUGAUGCAUUGAAUUAGUGUCUCUACUCUCACGUCUCUCUACUGAACAGUAUAACUGUCAGACAUGAACAUCAAAAUGUUCAUUGUGUGCAGCAAACUGUCCAAACUUUUCAAACAUACAUGUGUCAUAUAUUUCAAAAAUAUAAUAAUAGAUGAACAUUUCAGUUCAAGUGGUAAAAUGUUCAUCAUGACAGACAGUGAUUGUGCAUAAUUUGUGCUAAAUAUGAUCUUACAUAUUGUUUUCAAAGGGGUCUGCAUGGCAAUAAAAAUGUAUUAUUAUCUCA